GGACCGCCCCGCGAGUUCCGCGCAGCCCCGAGCGCCGCCACAACUUUGCGGAGGGGCGGCGAGAGGGAACCCCCCCCCUCGGCAACGGCGCCUACCCACGCGAGACCGGACCCCACGCGGCGGCACCCCGAGUCCCGCGCGCCGCCGCGAGCGCGGCCCCGCAGCCUUCCUCCCCCCGCUUCUCCUCUUCCUCUCCCUCCUCGUCCCGCUGCCGUCCGGGCCGGGAGGGGCCGCGUGGGCCGUUUCUUCUCCCGACGCCCCCCAGGCUGCGCCCGCGGCAGCUGCUACCCGGCCACCGGGGACCUGCUGGUGGGGAGAGCCUCGCGGCUCAGCGCCUCGUCCACUUGCGGGCUGCGGCGGCCCCAACCCUACUGCAUCGUCAGCCACCUCCAGGAGGAGAAGAAAUGCUUCGUCUGUGACUCGCGGAGACCCUACGAUGCCCACAGCAAUACUGACAGCCACCGCAUCGAAAAUGUGCUGACCACCUUUGCCCCCCGCCCCAAGAAGGCCUGGUGGCAGGCGGAGAACGGCGUGGAGCACGUCAGCAUCCAGCUGGACUUGGAGGCUGAGUUCCACUUCACCCACCUCAUCAUGACCUUUAAGACCUUCCGCCCCGCAGCCAUGCUGGUGGAGCGCUCGGCCGACUUUGGCCGCAGCUGGAAGACGUACCGCUACUUCGCCUACGACUGUGCUGCGUCCUUCCCCCACGUCCCCCGUGGGCCCCCGCGCCGCAUUGACGAUGUGAUCUGUGAGUCGCGCUACUCUGACAUCGAGCCCUCCACCGAGGGGGAGGUGAUCUACCGCGUGCUGGACCCUGCCAUCCCCAUCCGCGACCCCUACAGCCCCGCUAUCCAGGAGCUGCUGCGUGUCACCAACCUGCGGGUGAACCUCACCAAGCUGCACACGCUGGGGGACAACCUGCUGGACUCACGGCGGGAGAUCCGCGAGAAGUACUACUAUGCGCUGUAUGAGAUGGUGCUGCGUGGAAACUGCUUCUGCUACGGGCACGCCUCAGAGUGUGCGCCGCUCAGCGGGGCCACAGCCACUGUGAAUGGCAUGGUGCACGGGCGCUGUGUCUGCAAGCACCACACGCAGGGGCUGAACUGUGAGCGCUGUGAGGACUUC